UUUGACAUCAUCCUAUCAUGCGCCGCUCUCGUCACGGUCGGGCGGCAAUUCUUCAUAUCUGCAUGGCACUGCUUGAAGCAGAGAUACGCCAACAUGGACGUGCUUAUCGCCCUGGGAUGCGUUUCUACCAUGACGUACUCCUCCCUCUGCGCAUGGACCAGCAUGGGGCACCCGAUGUUUCUCACUGUCGUCAUGACGAUGCAGUUCGUCCUCCUCGGGAGAUUUCUGGAGAAAGUCGCGCAGCAGCACGCAAUCAGGCGGAUCGCCGACCUCUGCUCCGUCGACUCGACUGCAGUGGAGUUGGUAGACAAGGAAGGAAGAGCCCUCCGCGUGGAUCCAAAGCUCCUGCAGCCCGGGGACGUCGUGCGAGUCAGCCCGGAGGAGAAGCUUCUUGUCGACGGGAUUCUGCUGGCAGAGGAGACUAUCAUGGACGAAUCGAUGCUGACAGGAGAGUUCAGGCCCGUGCGGAGGUCUCGAGGAGACCUUGUGCUUGCUGGGAGUAUCCAUCGAGGGGCGAGGACGGAGGAAGUGCGCGUGCUGCGGGCAGGGAUCAACACGACACUGUCUCAGUUCCUCAGCAUGGUGGAUCUUGCGGACACAAGGAAGGCGCAAGUGCAGCGGAUGACCGAUCGCGUCGCCUCCCUCCUGGUCCCUCUGGUCGUGUGCUGCUCCAUUCUCGUCGGAGCCUCCUGGUUCUCUCUGGCCUCCUCUGGAACUCUUCCAUCCACUCUGAUCUUCGACCAACCUGCUCCUCUCCUCCAGGCCGUCUUCUUCUCGACCAGCGUCCUCAUGGUCUCCUGCCCCUGCGCCCUUGGUCUCGCCGUGCCCAUGGCUCUCAUCGCCGCCGUCGGCGUUGGCGCUCAGCACGGGAUGUUGUUCCGCAGCGCUCAGGCCGUGGAGGAGGCGUGCAAAGUCUCCCUCCUCUGCAUCGACAAGACGGGGACGAUCACGGAAGGGAAGCCAAACGGGAUUCCUCAAAGCUGCCGGACGAUGUGGCGCAGCAUCGCAGCAUGCGAGGUGAACGUCUCGCAUCCUCUCUCUACAGCACUCCAGGCGUUCGCUGCCAGGGUUGCGCGCAAUGAUGAGGUGACGUCACACGGGGUACGGAAGAGGAAGAGCAUCGUGGGGAAGGGAGUCGUCUGCUGGAUGUCAGAUGGCACGGUGAUGGCGAUAGGAGGAAGCAGCUUGCUCGAGCACCUUCACUGCCCCGCGUCGCCUCCUCCUGCCUGGAGAAACGCCGGACAAUCCGUGGUGUGGCUUCAGAGCUUCCGCUGGAGGCCGCGCAUGGCAGUCGCGCUGUCUGACAGGGUGAGGGAGGAGGCGAAGGAAGUCAUCAGCAGGCUGAAGGAGCUGGGGAUCGACGUCUUCCUCCUCUCCGGUGACGAUCCUCUAGUGGUGGAGCAGGUGGCACAGCAGGUUGGCAUCCGGCAGCACCUUGGCGGACUCUCUCCCCUUCAAAAGUCCCAGCAGGUUUCCCAGCUCCGAGCGCAAGGCGCUCGGGUCGCCAUGGCUGGAGAUGGUAUCAACGACAUCCCCGCGUUCGCUCAGGCGGACCUGUCGGUGGCCGUGGCGGGAGGGAGCAAGGAGGUCAUGCAGUCCUCCGACCUUGUGCUCGCAGCCAGCAACCUUCGGCUCCUCCUCUCCUCCUUCCGCCUUGCUCGCGCAACGAUGAGGCGCAUUGUUCUCAACCUUGUCUGGGCUUGCUUGUACAAUGUUGUAGCGCUUCCUGUCGCCGCUGGAUUAUUCGCGAUCUCUGCGUCCAUUAUCGUUCCUCCC